UUGCCUUCACCUCACUUUCUUUUUACUGAGCGGAUGCCAAGCGGUGAUCCUCUUAAUCAAAUCCUCUUUGCACCUCGAGAUCCAGCCAAGUGGUGAAAGAGAAACUUUUGGUGCGUUUCCAGCCGUCUCAGCAACAGCAGCAGCAUGAAAUCAGCAGAGGAAGAACAUUAUAACUAUGCAUCUUCAAACAUAAAUUCAAGUAUGCCCCUAAGUGUGGCACAUCCUUCAUUGUCAACUCCAUGUCAUGGCCUUCAGACAUCUAAUCCAGUCAUUUCAGUUGUUCCAUCAGCUAAUCAUCCUUCGGCAUAUGGAGGGCAUACUGACAGUAGCACCGGCGGAUAUUAUCUGCCUCCAAAUGUCAGACCUAAUGGAGUGCCAGCAUUAGAAAGCCCUAGAAUUGAAAUAACCUCUUACUUGGGACUGCAUCAGAACAACAACCAGUUCUUCCAUGAUCCUGAGGUCGAGGAGCCCAUCUCCAAUGCAAAGAGACCACCUUCUACUGCUACUUUGAGCUUACCAAACAUUGAGGUGUAUAGAGACCCGACUUGCCUGAGCCCAGCCAGUAGCUUGUCUUCCAGAAGUUGCAACUCAGAAGCAUCUUCCUAUGAAUCCAAUUACUCUUAUCCUUAUACUUCCCCUCAGACAUCUCCUUGGCAAUCGCCGUGUGUAUCGCCCAAGACCACAGACACAGAGGAGAGGUAUCAGCGAAGCUUGGUUGCCUGCACAUUACUGAAUUCACCCAGACAUUCUCCUUCUGCAUCUCCCAGAACGAGCAUUACUGAGGAGAACUGGCUGGUCACCCGUGGCUCUAGGCCGUCUUCUCCGUGCAACAAGAGAAAAUACAGCUUGAACGGGAGGCAGACGUCCUAUUCGCCACACCACUCUCCAACACCCUCUCCCCAGAACUCACCAAGGGUCAGCGUGACUGAUGAGACAUGGCUGGGGAACACGAACCAGUACACCAGUUCAGCCAUUGUCGCAGCUAUCAAUGCCCUCACCACUGACAGCACAAUCGACAUGAAUGAUGGGAUUCCUAUCAAGUCCAGGAAAACUGCUAUCGAUCACACCCCGUCCAUGACGCUCAAGACUGAACCCAGUGGUGAUGAUCAGGGGACCAUAUCACCAACAGCUGACUUAUCACCAGAAGAGUUUCCUGGGUUUCAGCACAUCAGGAAAGGAAAUUUCUGUGAUCAGUAUCUUUCGGUGCCACAGCAUCCCUAUCAAUGGGCCAAAUCAAAGCCACUAUCCCCAACAUCAUACAUGAGCCCUACCUUGCCUGCUCUGGAUUGGCAGUUGCCAUCUCACUCAGGACCUUAUGAACUUCGGAUUGAAGUGCAGCCCAAGUCCCACCACAGAGCCCAUUAUGAGACGGAAGGGAGCCGAGGGGCUGUCAAGGCAUCUGCUGGGGGACAUCCAGUGGUGCAGCUACACGGUUACUUAGAAAGUGAACCGCUCACACUACAGCUGUUCAUCGGCACUGCAGACGACCGCCUGCUGCGGCCCCAUGCCUUCUACCAGGUUCACCGGAUCACUGGGAAGACCGUUUCCACAACCAGCCAUGAAACAAUACUUUCCAACACCAAAGUCUUGGAAAUUCCACUUCUACCUGAAAACAACAUGAGAGCAAUCAUUGACUGUGCUGGAAUACUGAAACUUAGAAAUUCAGAUAUUGAGCUGAGGAAAGGAGAAACUGACAUUGGGAGGAAGAAUACUCGGGUUCGGCUGGUCUUCCGUGUUCAUAUCCCCCAACCUAAUGGGAGAACCCUUUCCCUGCAAGUAGCAUCCAACCCAAUUGAGUGCUCUCAGAGAUCUGCUCAGGAACUGCCUUUGGUGGAGAAGCAAAGUGUUGAUAGCUACCAUGUGAUGGGUGGAAAGAAAAUGAUACUGAGUGGACAUAACUUCCUUCAAGACUCCAAAGUCAUAUUUGUGGAGAAAGCUCCAGAUGGUCAUCACGUGUGGGAAAUGGAAGCCAAAACAGACAAAGAAUUGUGUAAGCCAACUUCAUUGGUGAUUGAGAUACCGCCGUUUCGCAAUCAGAGAAUUACAAGUCCUGUCCAAGUUAAUUUCUAUGUCUGCAAUGGAAAGAGAAAGAGAAGCCAGUACCAGCUUUUCACCUAUCUUCCUGCUAAUGUUCCAAUUAUAAAAACAGAACCCACUGACGACUAUGAGCCUGCUCAAACCUGUGGACCAAGGAACCAAGGAUUAAGUCCUCUCUCCAAACCAUACUAUAGCCAGCAGAUCAUGAUGCCUCCUGAUCCUGGCUCGUGCCUUGUGGCUGGCUUCACUUCCUGUCAGCAGAGAAACACUGUGAUGUCAUCGUCGCCCAGCUCAAGUCCUAAGCUGCAUGAUCUUUCCUCUCCUGCUUACAAGUGCAUCACCAACCCAGGCCACAACCACCUAGGACUUCAGCAGACCGUUGGAGGUGUCCCCACCAUACAGGAAGUGCCAAGGUCUAUAGUUGUGCACCCAAGCUCUCCAGAUCAGUCAUCUCACAUCAUGCUGCAGCCGCAGGUGAGUCAACAUCUGAGCAGUAGCUGUUCCCUUGGUUACCAACAAACACUCUAUCCCAACAGUCCCUCCUCUCCAGUUCCAUCUGUAACCCAAGAGUCAACCUAUUUGCAGUCCUGCAGUCCAACUCACUCAUCCAUAAUGGGUCAGCAGCAACUGCCGAAUGUUCAAAGAAAUGAAUCUCCAGCAGAUCAGCCACUGCCGUUGCCCGAGUUGCGUGAGGACAAUAAUCAUAAUUUGGCCCCUAUUCCUGUAACGAUCAAGCGAGAGCCUGAGGAAUUGGACCAGUUAUACUUGGAUGAUGUAAACGAAAUAAUAAGGAACGACCUCUCCAGCACAAAUGUCCAUUCAUAGCUGGCUAUCUCAAAAUCCAGUUUUAAGCUUAGCUGAGACAUCGGCUUCAGAUAAACAGAAGAUAAUCCCUGGUACCUCUCCGCUCUUCCACUUUGCUGAAUGUUUGGAAUAAUUACCUCUUCCGUGCUUGUGUGUAUGCGUAUGUGUGUGUGUGUGUGUGUGUGUGUGUGAGAGAGAGAGAGAUACACACACACACAUAUACACACACACAUUGAUUGGCUGGCUUCAACGAAGAAAACAACUCCUUUUUAAAACGUCAUCUCAAGGAAAAUGGAUGAAAUGAACUAUAAAGUGAUGUGUUUCAUGGGUUGAAAUAGGAAAUGUAACACAACAGGUGACUGGCUCAAAAACUGAUUGUAUUUCCCUUUGGGCUUUACUGGACUACAACCCUGGAAGUGCCUUAUUUUGCUAGAUUGUGGCAGCAUCAGGACAUUUUAUUGGCAGCUUUGAAUUUGCUGCCAUCCAAAGUAUUUCUAGGCACAGAAACUAUCAAGCAUAUAUUGGAACAAUGUGUUAAAAGACUGUCUGCUGGUAUGGGUAGGGGAAAAAAACCCUACUGAAAGUAAAAUAUGUGUCUGAAUUCCAGGAUUCUUCAACUUUCCCCUUGAACUGUUUUUGAUAUCCUGUUGCCUUAUUCCUGAUGCAUUUUUUUUUAAAAAAAACCAAAUUGUCAUCUCAGCUUUAUCUUUUCUCAGCCGUCACAGGUCUUUGCUCAUGAAUCUUAGAACUGUUAAUCAUGCAAGCAUGUUAAUAUUUUGACUUAAACCUGGCUUCAGACAUAGCACAAGAAAAUGGAACAGCACGAAAUAUUUAUGGUUGAUGGACAAAAACAUUGAAAUCUAUCUUUUCCUCAAUUGAUUUAUGUGUAUGCAUGUACAUACAAACUAGCACAUAUGCAGAUAUACCUAGUUGCCUUGUGAAGGCUUUGACUUUAGCAAUAACUUCUGCUUUUGAGAAUGCAGUCCAGAUCCCAAGUAAAUGCUCUUGCUAUUUCUAUGUUAUGCGUUCAUUAUGUUUAAGACAAUUAUGCAUUUUCUUUCCUCAUGCUAAUAAGCAAGCACUUUAGACAGUCAAGAAGGAUGCAUAUGAAAUAUGUAUUAAUUACCAAAUGACAAAGGAUGAGUUAAAGCAAUUGUAAAUACCGCUGUUGAAGAAUGUAAAAUAUUUGUUCAGUUAUAAGAUUAUUAUUCCACUGAAGCCUUAUAACUCUCUGCUAUGUGUACAAGAAAUAUUACCAAAACCAAAUGUUUUAAUAAGCAACGCUGUAAGGUAUGCUUUCAGAGUAGCUUCAUGUUUAUAGAGUGCAUAUAGACCUUAAGCAUGUAAUGUAGUCUUUAGCAUUGUAUUUUGUACCACCUUUCAUAUUACCAUGUAGCUAGCAAUGGCAUAUUAUUUCACAUAAAACAAAACAAAAAAAAGCAUGGCUUCAUUUUUAAAGCAUUUAGCAUUAAUAUUGUGCCUUAGGGAAUAUACGUGAACUAUGCCACCAUUACUAAAGUGGCACAACUAAGUGCAGUGUACAGUUAAUGUAAACUCAACAGGUUUCACAAAAAAGUGAAACAGUCCUAACCAUUUAGAAAUAUUACUCUGUACAAUUAUGUCUUACUUCCUCUCUU